AUGCCACAUUCACUUAUUCAACUUCGUUGUGGAGUGAACUCUUAUGAUUGGGGCAAAAAGGGAAUCGACUCUUGUGCAGCAAGGUAUGCAGCAGCAACUGCACCUGCUGGUUUUCUAAUCCAGUCCGAUCAACCUUAUGCUGAGGUAAGUCUCGUCGAAACGUCCACACAAAUGAAGCUCUGCUUUGGAAAUUUGUCUUUAUCGAUACAAGCCCAUCCGGACAAGGCGUUGGCCAAGCAGUUGCACGCUUCAGAUCCGGUCAACUAUCCCGAUGACAACCACAAACCGGAGAUGGCUAUUGCAAUAACGCCAUUCGAGGCUCUUUGCGGAUUCCGACCUUUGGAUGAGAUUUCUCAUUUUCUUGAGCAUGUGCCGGCCCUGAGAAGCUUAGUUGGCCAGGAGGAAGCCACUACAUUCCAGAGGAUAGCCACCACCUGCAGCAGCAACGGCACGGACGAGGCAAAGCAGCAGGGUAAACAAGCACUGCGGAAGAUCUUUGCCAAAGUCAUGAAUGCAGACGAAGAUCAAGUUCAGUCAGCAUCAGAGUCUUUAGUAAUGUCAGCCAGGAGUGAUGGCGACCGCUUUACUGACGGUGGCGUCGCUGCCACAUCAGGCGAGGUACUCUCCGAGCUAGUCAGUCGACUCUACGAUCAAUACGGGGCUGACCGGGGACUUUUUGUGCUAUUCUUUACCAACUAUGUUACCCUUGCCCCCGGAGAAGCUAUCUUUCUCCGAGCUGACGAUAUUCACGCUUACAUAUCCGGCGACAUCGCCGAGUGCAUGGCGACUUCGGACAAUGUGGUGCGGGCAGGGUUCACAGCAAGAUUCAAGGAUGUGCCGACACUGGUAGAUAUGCUGACUUACAACUGCACGCCUUUCGCUGAACAGCAGAUGGAUCCCACCGACUAUGACGAUGUAGGUUUCAACGCGAAAGGUCGUAAGAGUGGAUCGUUCGCAACGCUCUACGACCCCCCUAUUGGCGAGUUUGCCGUGGCGCGCUGCGUUUUGAAGGCCAACGGUGCGGCCGUAACUUUCUCACCGCUCAACGGACCUAGCAUCAUCAUAGUGACGCGUGGAAUGGGGACUAUCAGCGUGGGAUCUACGGCAUUGAAGCUCAAGGAAGGAUACGUCUUCUUCAUUGGUGCCUCUGCAGAAUGUGCGGUCUGUUCACAGGGCGACGGGGAGCUGGAGAUGUACAAGGCCUUCUGCGAGGUUUCGAGUACAAGCACGACCCAAUAG